GUACGACGUCGAAACGUGGCUGACAUUCGUAGCUUUUACUUGUCACAUAUUCUAAUCGUCACUCGUAGAAUAGAGGUAUUUUUAUUUGCGAGACAAAUACUAAAUAUCCCUUCGUUGUUUUUUGUGGUGGAUUAAUAAAAUAGAUCACUAAAAAUGGAUCAAAUUGCCAAGUUUGUUGAGCCUGGUAAGCAGUUCGCCAAGGACUCUAUAAGAUUAGUAAGAAGAUGUACAAAGCCAGACAGAAAAGAAUUCCAAAAGAUUGCCAUUGCCACAGCUAUCGGUUUCUGCAUUAUGGGUUUCAUUGGUUUCUUCGUUAAGUUGAUACACAUUCCAAUCAACAACAUUAUUGUCGGAUCAUAGGCUAGUCUAGUUUAGUUAUACCUUACCCUUAAGCCCCUGGAUGUGUCUAAGUUAAUUCUCACUUUCAUAAAACUAUCAACAAAUUUUACUAGAAUAAAUUAUUUCAUUUUUAACAUUUGUUUUAUUUAAACAAAAAGAAAGUGUCUUAUUAACAUGUUAUAUCAUCAUUUAUAAUAAAAUUUUGUAA